AUGUUCGACAACUAUUUCAUUCGAACCGUCAAUGAGUCACUGACCGAAUACAGCUUGGAGUUUGGGCUAUUUUAUUCAGAUGAGAAGGGCUUUUACAAUGAUGACGGAUCGCCGGCUGAUUAUUUUAAUUGGCAACCAGAUCAAGAUCCGCCAAAGGGUUUAUUGGCCUCAAGCAUUGAAAAAGAUUACACUUGGUACUACGAUAAGCAAAAUUUGAUUUGGGGAGGAGCUGCGGUGUGCUCGAAAUCAGCAAGCUCCAUUCAAACGACCGCUUAUGUGGAGCCGAUGGGUUGUGAACCGGAUUGGACCUACUGGAAUCACACAGAGAAAUGCUACAAAAUUGACAUCAUCCCGCUGGGACAAUUCAAUACGAGAAUCGCGCAUUGUCGUGAAAUGAAUGCAACUCUCGGGAGUAUUCACAGUGGCUUGGAGAACUAUUUCAUUAGGAAUAUCAACGCGUCGCUGGCUGAGUAUAGCAUCGAAUUUGGAUUAUUUUAUGAGGAGAACAAAGGUGGAUGGUUUUAUGAAGAUGGAUCGCCCGUUGACUAUUUCAAUUGGGAUGACUACGAGGACCCACCCGAGGGUAUUCUAGCCUCAGAACUCGGCACUGAUUACACCUGGUCGCACUCACCACAAUGGUACCUCUGGGGUGGCUCUGUACUGUGUCAGAAAAAUGCCGUGCCAAUAAAA